AUGCCAUCCACGUAUAAUAUUAGUAAUAAACCGUCGUCAGAAGAAGAAUAUGAAGUUCAACAACGCCUAAAACAUAAUCGCGCAGUUCGAUCUAAACAUAAAACAUCAUAUGAACGUCCCUUUAUGGAUUAUCAAACAAAUAAAUUGAAAGAAAAUAUUCCAUUCACAUAUUCACCCAACGGUCGGGCCGAGUUGACGAUCGAUUCUGAUAUGCAUAUUGAUUUAAGAACUUUAGAACAACUCGAACAUUUAUCUAAACUUGUUAUUAAAAUUCGUGUCGAAUUUCAGCAAGACGACAUAACAAGUUAUGUAAGCGGAAGCGGUUUAAUCGUCAAUGGUCGAUAUAUAAUCACAGCAGCUCAUGUGUUUAAUCCGUUAACAGAAGAAGACAAUGUACUUGUGCCAUAUAAACGUAUAAUAUUUACGUCCUUAUCGUAUGCGUCUGAUCGUUUAUUCAACACAGAUAAUGAAAAUGUGUUGGAAGCUGAAAUACUCAUUCGUGGUAUUGGUGGUAUUGGAUUACAACCAAGUGAAAUCUGUUCCGAGGAUGAUGAUAUUGCAAUUCUGGGUAUUUGUAGAUUUGAACAAGUAAAGCAUACAUUGGUUUCUGAAAAUAAAGAAGAGUUUUGUGCUCCGAGAUUAUCGGAGAAAGACGAACUUGAGCCAAAUUCACAAUUAUUUUUGCUGUCGUACUGUUCAACAAUGAGAAGAAACAAAGAUGUGAAAUUUUAUGAAGAAUGUCCCGGUUAUUCAUCAUAUACACGUGAAAACGUGAAUUCUGCAAUGCAUCCCGACCAUAGAACUGUAUCAAUAGGAAAAUACGUGAAAAAUGAAGACAUGUAUAUCGUUCAUGAUUGUCCUUCAUUACGAGGUGCCAGCGGGGGUGCUAUAUUUGAUACAACAGGGCGGUUCGUUGGAGUGCAUACUGGUGUUAGAGAUGGCGAUGUUCAUUACAAUAUUAGCGGUGAAAAACGAUUACUACCAUAUGCAAUGAAUCGAGCACUUGCAGUCUAUUCAAAUCGAGUUAAACGUCAUCUAGAGGAUACGAUACCAGCGUGGAAAUAG